UGUUGGAGAAGUGACGCAGGCCAAUAGAUUGCCACAUUUGUAUCCACAGUCACAGUUUCCCUUUGCCGCUAACGACAAGCAAGCAAAAGGACAUUUAAAACAUAAAACGACAAGAUUAAUCGUGAGUCAUGCUGGGAGAAGGUUUUUUGAGUUUGUUGCGUUACAAAGAGGACAACAACAACGAUGCUUUUGUUUCGAUGGGGAGCAAGUUGCAGACGAGCUCGAUAACUCCUCAGACAGAUCUUCAAAAAAGAGGUCUAGACCGAGAGGAUCCUGGCUCCAGAGUGUGUCACGGAUUGCGAGUAGUACCUCCAGCUCCCACAGGCCUUUUCAUCCCCAGGUGUUCACCUGUUCAGACCGUUGAAACGGAACCCACACUCUGCCUAGGCGCUUGUAGCCUCCUGGAACAUUAUCCUGAUCUCCAGGUGGCUGACUCUGGCCUCAUCUCAUUCAGCCCUUUUAGAACCAGCGCCACUCAGCAAGAACUUCACACUCAGUCUUACGCUUUGACCCAGUCAGAGUGUGCAGAACAACAGCGUUUACUUCAAGCGCCUCUCUGCUCACUUCCAGAUCAGGGCUAUCUGGUUAUGGGUGACGGGAUGAGCACUAGCUUGGGUCUGCCCACCUCACAGUCAGAGCCCAUGUCUGACUCAUUGCUGAAUGGACUUCUGGAGAAAAAGCUCGAUGAGGUAUAUCUGCAGCACCUAACUGAUAACCUGGCUCGAUGCAACUCCACUCUGGGUAACAGCCUCCUGCAUGGCCUGGUGCCUCCGCUGCAACCCAACAAGCUACAGCACGGCCCCGAUUCACUGGAGUCCUCUCUGGAAAAGGGACCCGGAGGAGAGAGUGGCAAGAAGAUAAGUCACCUGGCCACCCCAAAUUUAGCUCCAUGUUCCUCCAACUUUAGCACUCCCGUCCUUCGUAUUUCUGAGGAAGUGCAUCCACAAUGAAAGCAUUUAACAGGCGAGUCGCAGGCAAUGCUUACAAACAGAUCAAAUGUUUGUUUAUUUUCAUCCAACGAAAAUUCAAGGACUUCAAUGUGUUUUGUUUAACUCUCACGGGCAAUUUGAGAUUUCCACGCAGAGGUUACGGACUCAACUUUAACUGCUUGCAUAUGACACCUGCUGGUAGAUUUUUGUAUGGCAUCACAAUCUCCACAUGCCAGUCCUGAUAUAAACCUGUGAUUUGUCUGAGACGUUUGCUAUCGUCAUGUAACCUGUGAUUUUAGUGCAGCUCUCUUUUAAUAAGGAAGUAAAUAUUCUAACAAAUGA